AUGAAGGCCUUCAUUGUACUAGCACUCUGCUGUAGUUUUUUCUCUAGCAAAGCCAUUCCUCUUGAAUUUGAGUUUUCGGACUGUGAUGACCCUGAUGUCUUUAAAGCUGUUGAUGCAGCACUGAAGAAAUACAAUGGAGACAUGGCGACUGGUAACCAAUUUGCUCUAUACGUGGUGAUGGAAGCCAAGAGAACUGCAGGUCCUGACCCACAGUUCUAUGUAAAAUACAGAAUACUUGAAAGUACUUGCAGCACUGAGGAAAACAAACACUGGCAACACUGUCAUUACAACGUAUCUGCAGAGGCUAAAACAGGAGAAUGCACAGCUCGAGUUCAUAUGAAUGAUGCUGAUAAAACAACUAAUGUUUCACAAGAGUGCAAAAUUUUCUCAGAUGUGUCAAAGAUAAGACUUACUGAGGCUCCAUGUCUUGGAUGCUUUCAUCAUAUAUCAAAUGAUGGUUCAGAAGUGUCAGAAAUUCUGAAAAAAGCCAUUCAGAAGUUUAACAAGCACAGUGGUGAACUUGCCCUUUUUAAGCUUGUGGAAAUAAAAGAAGCUAAGAGACAGGUGGUAGCUGGAUGGAAUUACAUAAUUAGAUAUGAAAUAGAGGAGACUAAUUGCUCCAAAGACCAAUUUCAAGAUUUAACUCCAGAAUGCAAGGUCACUUCUAGAGGUCGUGUAGCUAAGUGUGAGGCCAAAGCGUUUCAGAAUCUUCAGGCAGAGAUCGUGGAUACCACCAGUGACUGCAGCCUUCCAGUUGAAGAAAAGGUAGUUGCUGCCAUUUGCCUGGGUUGUCCAAGAACUAUCCCAAAUGACAGUCCAGAACUGAAGGAACCACUGAAGGUUUCUAUUGAGAAGUAUAACUCGGAGAGCAGCGAUGAUUUCUACUACAAAGGUGGAGAAAUACAAUCAGCAACAGUUCAGGUGGUUGCAGGAAAAAAGUAUCGAGUAAAAUUUACAGUCUGGAAGACAAACUGCUCUAAGAGCGAGUUUGAAAAACUUAAUGAAGACUGUACAGCCACAUCAAACAGUACAUCACUGUCAUGCAAUGCACAAAUUCACGUGGUCCCAUGGGAGAAUAAAAUCUAUCCCCAGGUGAACUGCACUGAAGAGCAGCAAGUGUUGUUCUUUGCAAGAAGGCCUCCUGGAUUCACACCUUUCCGGAGCACAAUGAUGAUACUAAGCCAGCCACAUGCAGUUUCAUCUGCUGAUAAAAAUGAAGGAGAAAGUCAAAGCCCUAGCACAGAAACGAGGAAAGACGAUGGACAGGAACCAGAAGGUGAAGAUCGCUCAGAAUCUCCUCGCCCCAGAUGUCCUGGAAAACCAUGGAAACAACUUGUGGGCUUUCCAGCCCCUCCUAGCUUUCCCAGAGAAUUCACAAUUGAGGAUCUCUUGCCUUCUGCAGCAGAAAACAUCGAUCCAGCUACAGAAAACGAGGAAGACUUUGAUCUCACAGAUGCUUUAGCAUAA